UGCCUCUCGAAAAGCGUGGAAAUUAUGCACAAUACGUUUUACUUUUAGAAGAAGAGAAAUUGCACGAACAACGAACUCUCCGAAAUUUGACGAUCAAGUUAGUACCAUAUCUGAAGUAAUAUAUCAUGAUUAUUUAUCCACAUAACCAACCGUUAAUAGAGUUUGCUCUCAUGCAUGAGAGACAUAUUGUUUAUUCCUUUUUCUGUAAAAGUUUUACAUCGCAUCGAAUGAGAGUGAACAGAUGAGGAAAAAAUUCAACCGCAUAUCAAAGUCCCCAAUUUUCUCGCCCCAGAAGUUUUACGGGGUAAUUUUAAGAUUGACUCAUUAUUCAUGAUUGAACUGCGGUUAGUCUAUGCGGAAGACUUUAUCAUUACUGACCGAAGAUCGUGGCUAAAAACUGGACUUGUUAUCCUGUAAAUGUAAAAUAUAUUUUUGUACUUCACCUAUAUUCAUUUGACUUUUAAGACAGGUGGUAAAAUUGCGUGGUUUUUUUAAAGUUGCCAGGAUGAAAACUAGCUAAAGCAUCAGUUUAAUUGCAAUGCUAACUUCAUCCAUGCUGUGUAAACAUACGGAUAGGAGCCAUUAUUGACUCUCUGAAAACCAUCAUGGGUUUAAUAUUACAUGGCGAUGAAAACUUCAAGAUAAAAACAGUGGACUGACAGUUCAGUCUAGUAAUCACACACGAAAAAAAUUGAAAAAUUCUACUCUUAUGUGUGGGUCAGGGACAAGUAAGACUCUUCCAAGUUUCAGUGCUACGGUAUAGAAACACGACGGUACGAGGUUUCUAAAAAUGAUUCAUUCUGUAGUCAUAAGCAAUCUCGAUUCUUUUACUUUUACACGCAAUUGCCCAAAAAGCAUCGUGGGACUGAAUAUCCCCGGCUAAAACUGAGGAUAUCCAAGUGAUUAAGACUCACAAACCAAAAUUCUAACGGAAAAACUGGAAAAUACUUUCAGCACAGCCCAGCAUGUCUCGCGGUGUUGCCAAAGAAAGCAGAAAAUCACAUCUUCCUAUUGAGAACACUAUUGAGGAUGCUUAUUGUCUACUAGCAUUUGUAAUUAUUGUUUCUUCUAUACCAACAUCAUCAAACUGGUCCAUUGAAAAUAUUGUUUAAGAGUUCAUGAAAAAGGGAAAGCAAUGGACUCUUAAACUAUAUGAUCCUUAAACGCUCUGUAAUAUUUAACUUGGUAUAGGUACAGCCAUGAAAGCUGUUAUGAUGGUACUAGCUCUCACAGCUUCCGUGUCGAAUUUUACAGCAGCUAUUCAAAGCCGUUCGUCCUUUCUUCAGACAACAAAAGAUCGCUAUCUAGUAGGCCAUGUGAUCAGUGAUCAUCGGAAGGUGUCCAGCAUUUCAUCAUGUGCACAACUCUGUCUGAAAAGACGUCCAUCUUGCCGCUCAAUAAACUACGGGGGAGAAGAAGGAGAAACGAUUUGUGAGUUAAACGAUAAAGGAUUAGAGAGCGCUAAUGCAGAGUCUUCUUCCUUUGUUUCUAUGCCUGGAUUUGUCUUUGCUCAGCUUCUCAAUUUUGAGGUUAGUGCAGAUGAAAGUCUGGAAAUGAUCCUAACCAAAUUUGUACCAAUUUAUAGAAAAGGAACAAAAUAAAGUAGUGCAUUUACACUAUCUUUAUAAAUUUUUUUAAGCCUAAUGAUAGCAUGCCAUAGUAAAGGAAAUAAAGACGCGUCGGCGAUUUAUCCCCCAUAGGCCUCUGUUUCAUAGGUGCGAUCUUUUAAGCUGCGUAGACUUUUAAAUUGCAGCAAAUGGAUGUAAAUUAUCUCCGCCACUGACCCACUAAAAUAUGGGUAUAAGCAUGCUAAUCUCAUUUACAUGUACCCUUGCAUAUCAUGCCAUCGGUAAUUGUGAGGAAUCAUUCCUAGAUCAAGGAAGCGAAGGAAUGAAAAAUUACUCUAAGCUAGAUGCUUUGUAUUACACGUGCUCAACGAUUAUAACGUUGUAGAAUUUAAGUAUUUACUGUAGUAUGGUUUACUUUUUAAUCCUUAUUUGAAACAGUAUCACAAGAGUUGCGACGAAAUCCAGAAAAAGAAUCCUGAGGCGAAGAGUGGUUUAUACAAAGUUUACCCUGUGUCAAAUGCUGAUCCUGUUGAGGUAUACUGUGAACUUGACAUUGCUGAAGGUGGCUUCACUUUCCUUCCUCACAGCCUCACUUUAAGAUCAGAUGCUCAACAGAUUAUCGACGCCCUCUUCAAAGACAAGAAAACCGUGUUGUUAAAGUUAUGGAAAAAAGUCGAUGGUAGCGAGUGGUACACUUUGAUUCAGCCCCACCCGAAUUAUACUGACGUCGAUUUUGGCGUCUUGGUGAACAACUACUCUGGUUACACCAAACCAACAAACGUCUUCAUGCAGAAAUACGUAUUCCUUGGCAUCCUCCCUAAAUCAAUAGCAAAUAGGAAAACAACCCAGGGUUUCAGAUCUAAUGGCAUCAUGCUAGAGUUUUGGAACUGCGAUGCCAAUCCCAACAGCUUGUUUGCAUUUUUUCCGAACCAUCAUCACCAAUUACCAUACGAUCAUGGCAAGACGACAAGGUAUGAAAAUAGCGGAAUCGCAGUAAACUGGCGCUCCCAUGCCAAAGCUGUCACGAAUGGCGGUCCCAAAACGCCAAACGAGUUCUUCUUCUUGACCGAGCUAAAUUUUGGUGGCUGUGGCUGUUACACUUCAAGCGACCGCUGGAAGAAGUUUGGUUAUAAUUCUACUGCCAUUGGACUCCGCUGA